GAGGAAGUUUGUGCAGCAUAGCAGACAGAGACAGGCUACGUUUACAUCAGACAACAUGAAUCUCACCACCGUGCUCUGUCUCAUGGCUUUGUUACCACUGCAAGGGGAUUUUCAAGAGGUUCACACUGAAAGUGUCACUGUGGAGGAGGGGCAGGAUUUAAGCCUACAGUGUGAUUUCACCGGAGACCACGAAUCUGCCUUGGAGUGGUCAAACCCUCGGGGGUUUGUUAUUUUUCUAAAAAGCCACCGAGGUUUAAAAGAUCAGAGAUACAAGCUUAUCCACUAUUCAAAAAAUAAAUUAUCGAUCAGCCUCUCUAAUGUCACAGUACAGGAUGAAGGCACAUACACAUGCUUCUACUAUGACACACCAGUCAAAACCAAGAAAGUGAAUGUUACUGUCUUAGCUGCUCCCUCCAAGCCACAGUUGGAAGUAUCAGAUAUUAGAACCAAUGGCAAAGAAGAAAAGGUUGUACUGAGCUGCUUCACCCAGGGAAGUAAGCCCCCUCCUCAGAUUACAUGGCUGCUAAAUAAUGGGCUGGAAGUCUAUGGUGACAUCAAACACCAGUUUGAACACGAUGGAAAGAAAUGCAACACAAGCAGCAGUCUCGUAGUCCAUGCAUACAACCGAGAUUCAACAGCAAGUUGUGUCAUUCGUCAUGAAACCCUACGAGGAGAAAGAUUGACUGUAUCUUUCCAGUUUGAAAAUUUCACGACUACUACAGGCUCAGCUCCAAAUGUGUUCGAAAUAAGCACGAGGACCUCUGAGCAGCCUCAGGAUUAUAUGGAAUCCACAGAAGCUACCCUGCAGUCUAUAAUACAGACAUCACCUGGGAGCAUAUCUCUAGCAACAAGUACCCAACAGGAAGUUUUUUCUUCUCAGACAACUGUUGGAUCCAGCCAACCAAACUUUCUUACCACUGUACCUGAGAAGCCAUCUAGUACCAGCUUACCAGCAAUACCUACCCAGCAGAGGGAACUACCAGCCAACAUAACUAUUUGGUCAAAAGUAACACUAACAGUAAAUGAGGAAAAUUCUAGUACAGAAGCACCAGCAACAAGUAGUGAAUCAGCCACUCAGAAUGCAAACAGCACCAUUGAGCCAGAAAGAACUUUGAACAUCACAGAAGAAACAUCUGUUACAGAUGUACCAGCAAUAAGCAAUGAACAAUCAACUCAAAACUCCAACAUCCCCACUGGAUCUGAAACGACAUUAAAUGUGACCAUUGCAGAAGAAACCUCUGGGACAGAAGAACCAUCAAUAAGCCAUGAAGAAACAACUCUGAAUUGUAAUGCCACCAUCAAUCUUAAUUCUGAAGGAAUCAGACGAAAGCAAACAAGUGUUUUGUUGCCAGUCCUGGUAGCGGUUCUCAUUUUUGUGAUGCUCAUCAUCGUCCUGCUCUUCAUGAGGAAGCUGCAAAAAGCACAUGGAGUCUGGAAGAGAGAAAAUGACACUUCAGAGCAGACACUGGAGAGUUACAAAUCCAGGUCUAAUGAAGACAAUCAAGCCCCUGAGAAGAAUGGACAAGUUGCCAAUCAGAAGCCUACUAUGCAAUACGUAACUGAAGGAUAUGCAGGAACAAUAAAGUCGAAUUCAGAAGAAAGAUCUGUUUCAACGUUUGGGAAACAGCUGGCAUAUGGAAAAGAAACUGACGUGUAGAAGUCAGGAAGUGUUGGCAACAUUGCACUAUGUACAGAGUCAAUAUGGAGUGUUCUCAUAUUUAUAGUGUGACUAAUCUGAUGGUAUGUAAAACUGUCAAUCUGUGACGAAUCAACAUCACAGCAGGAUUUCAAACAGAGGAAGAAAUGCCUGAUUGAAUCUCAAUCUGGAUUCUAGUUUGGAUCACCAUGUUAACAUUAAAAAGAGGUAGCUGGAAGAGAUGCUCAUGGGAAUCUAUUAGCAAUGCAUGCAUUGCUAUUAGCUAUUUAAUCAGCAGAUUUAAUUCAUGGGUCUCAAAUGGAUCAGACAUAUACCAGAGCAAGUCAUUUCAGCAGCGAGGGUCCUGAUAAUGGAAUGCACAACCAGCCAUCAUAAUACAAGAUACAAAAUUACUGAGAGGUUCAUGCAACAGUUCUGCAGCCUCCUGAGAUGGAUUGUCUACCGAUGAGACUGGGAGGCAGGAAUUUCUGAGAAAGCACUUACGGCUAAUAUUUUUGAACUUGGGUGCCCAAAGUUAGGCAUGUAAUGAUAUUUAACUUAAACCGAUAUUUAGUUAAUGAAAUAAAAACAUUGUGAUUUUAGAGGUGCAGAGCAACCUGCAGUUCCUGUUGACUUCAAACAUUUCUGCCUCAGUUACCCACCUGUAAAAGCAGGAUAAUACUACUUCCAUGCCUCACAAGACAGUUGUGAGAAUUAACUAGUUGUUUGUAAAGUGCUUGACAAUGACACCUACAGCUACUAGCCCUGUCUCCGCAGUCGUUUGCCUUUUGAGGUCUUCCAUAAAUGUUACUAAGGGCAUGAUCUGAAGACAAUGGGGUGACACAGGCAUGGCUGAGGAUACAAUUUGGCCCUCAGAUCUAUAUUACUGGUGGUGCUGUCAGGGCCCAGGAUGAGUGUGUGGGGCUGUUUGAAAAAACAAUUUUCACUUGCAGACUGAGUGAAUCUGAUAUGAAAACCAAUGAGACACAAUGUCUACAGAACCCCACACUGUCAUGGUUAGUAACUUUUUAGUACAGAAUCACACUUCAGUGAGAAUUGCAGAUCUGAAUUAAGUCCAGGCUAUGAAAUUAGAUUUAAGGUAAUCCUUAAAAGGAUAUUGCACCCAUUUUGCUCAUGUCAGAUGAUAGCACUUCUCAUCACAGGUAAUGAGAGGAAAACAGACUUUUGACUAGCCGUAGUUGUCACUGCCAUUACUGUUAGCAGUAAUAUGGUUUUAAUGCUGGAAGAUGACUUCAUGUUUGACACAAGAGCUGUGUGGACUCCAAUGUAAAAGACUUCCAGUUUCCAGCAAGUUCUAAUAUUGGUUUAACAAUAAGAUCUGAAUUGUUUAAUAUUUAAACAAAACCAUGAAAGAGCAUAAACAGAUUGUUUCUAAACUUGGUUUGUAAAAUGCUCUCUAAUGGUGAAGCCAGGUGUUUGUGAAAAAAUGUUUCACAACUAAUAACAUUUCAAAUCCUGAUCUUCCAGUUCCGUUGGCACACAGUACCCCUUUAACUUCAAUGAUAGUUCUAUGUGUGGAAAAGACUGCAAGAUCAGACAGUGUUGGUACUGAGGCCUUGGAAUAGCAGUUUAUUUUAAGUAUUCUUAGUUCCUUUACAUGUUUAAAAUUUCAAGUGAAUGCACUUUAUGUGGUUUGUCAUUAUUGUAAAAAUGUUUAUUUCCUUUAUUUAAAGUAGAGUAGCACUUCAGGCAUUUAGACACCACAGUUCUGAUGGAGACCAUAUGAGAGCCUAAAUAGAUACAAUAUGCACAUUCCAUGCUUCUGUCGAGGACGAUUAAGGAUACUUUUAAUUGAAGUUUUGUUUUUAGCUGCAAUGGCUGGUGUAUCAGUUUUCUACUUUUUCUCCUGGCUUGUAGCAGACAUGCUUAUAGCAUGCUUCGUAGCAGUGCUCAAAUUCUGCCAUUUUAUUAGUUCAUGGUUUUUAUUGGUGAACCUUUUGGUUGCUUCUUUUAAAAUCAGUUGGCUGUUCA